AUGCCUCGCUCCGAUGAGGCGGAGUGGUGGUUCAACGCCGUGUAUGCAGCCGUCCAGGAGAUCCCGCGGGGAAAAGUCACUUCAUAUGGACAUAUCGCGCGUUUACUGGGUCAACCCCAACGACCCCGUCAAGUAGGCAUCUGUCUGAAACAUCUCCCAUCAAACAACGACUCAGAGACAUCACAUUAUUAUAACUCAGACAAUGUCCCCUGGCAACGCGUCUUGAAUGCCAGGGGGAUGAUUUCUCAUCGCGGCCCCGGCAGCGCGGCGCGGCAAGCUGCUGCUUUGCGUCGUGAAGGUGUUCAUGUCGAUAUGGACGCUAUGGGUGAGAUGUAUGUGGAUUUGGCGAGGUACGGCUGGUUUCCGGAUCGGUUGCCUAGUGAGGAGGGUUUAACUGAGGAGGAGGACAGUGAGGAUGGGGAAAGUGGUGAAGAUGGAGAGGGGGGAGUAAAUGGAAGUGGAAGUGGAAGUAGAUGAGGGGGGUUAUAAUUGUAUUUCUUAUACUUGGUUCUUCUUAACUAUUAUAUUAUAUUUUAAGAAUAAGUCCGUCUAAUCGAGGGAGUCUAAUGGAAAUCAAGUAUCCUUUCCAACAUCUACAAGAUCUUGACAACUAGUAUCUACCUACCUACCUACCUACCUACCUACCUACUUCCUACCUGAUCUACCAUGAAGAUAUUCUGGAAAGGUUUAUAUAUUCAAACUCCCCAUCAAAUCCCUUAUUCAUGAUACAGCUCGGCCGGCUGGCCUAGUGGUAAGGCAUCCGUUUCCGGUGCGGGAGAUCGCAGGUUCGAUCCCUGCGUCGGUCGCUUAUCUAAAUAAGUAUCUUCCUCUGUCUUUCAGAUG